AUGUCUCUCAAGAUCAAUGGCUUUGAUGUCGAGCUGGUCGACGCGAAUCCGCCUGGCUCAGAGCAUGCUGGCCCCUACAGCGGCUUCAAUCCUUCAAGUAAAGUCCUACCAAAAGGUCAUAAGCGUCGCGACGAUGUAGCUGCCUUCCAGUGCGAUACAAUUUGGGAGAAGGAUUUUGCUGUCCCGAUGAGAGAUGGGGUCAAGCUUCGUGCAGACAUCUUCCGUCCCACAACAUCUGAUCAAGUUCCUGCUAUUCUCAUGUGGAGCCCUUAUGGCAAGGACAACAAUGGUGUGCACGGCCUUCAUCUUCAACCCGGACGUUUUGGCGUCCCAUACGAGAGAACAAGCACUUAUGAGAAAUUCGAGGGCCUUGAUCCAGCAGAGUGGGUUGCCAAGGGGUAUGCCGUUGUCAAUUUUGACUUGAGGGGGACCUGGGACUCCGAAGGGAUCAUUCCUUGGCUUGGUAAACAAGAUGGCAUCGAUGGGUACGAUGCUGUUGAGUUUAUUGCUCAGCUGCCAUGGUGUUCAGGAAAAGUCGCCACUGCUGGUAACAGCUGGUUGGGUAUAGCUCAGUGGUUUAUUGCGGCCGAGCGGCCGCCCCACCUGGCAGCUAUUGCACCAUGGGAAGGUGCGGUCGACUUCUACCGCGAUACGCUAGCAAGAGGAGGUAUUGGAUAUCCGUACAACCUUCUCUGGGGCUUGCUUCAAGAUACAAUGAUUGGUCGGGGAAAGGCUGAAGCAGUGAUUAAAAUGCUGGAGAAGUAUCCCCUUUACAACGCCUACUGGGAAGACAAACGCGCGAAGGUCGAGAACAUCACCACGCCGGCAUACGUCCUUGCCAGUUAUUCCUCCUCCCUUCACACAUCUGGAUCGAUCGCCGGUUUUAACAAGAUUAAUACCAGUAAGAAGUGGCUUCGGAUCCAUGCGACGCAAGAGUGGUACGAUUUAUACUCGGAAUACGCUACAAACGAUCUGAAACGCUUCUUCGACCGAUACCUGAAAGGAAUUGACAAUGGUUGGGAGGAAACCUCAAAAGUUCGGUUUUCGGUCCUUCCCUUUGAUACCUCGAAUGCUCCAGAGGGCAUAGAAACAACACGCUAUCCGAUCCCAGAAGCCAAACAGACAAAAUUUUAUCUGAUUGGAACCAAUACGCUUUCGUCUCAGCCCAGCAAAGAAUCGGCAACUGCAUCAUACCAAUCCGAUAUCAUCCCUCAGGGCGUGGACAACGAUCCCGAAGAACUCGUUUACAGUGUCAAGUUUGACAAGCCAACCUGGCUCGUUGGUUACUCGAAAGCCGUUCUGUACUUGUCAGCUGAUGAAGCUGACGACCUCGACGUCUUUGUCCAAUUGCGCAAGCUUAACAAGUCCGGCGAAAAAACGGUUCAGCUCAAUGUUCCUGCGAACAAGCUCAUUCCACCAGUCAAAGAUGACUCCGAGGUAUCGAACAGUUGCUUCCUCAAGUACCUUGGUCCUAACGGCAGCCUGCGAGCCAGUCAUGCCGUGACUAAGAUUGAUAGCACCGAAAACGACUCCUGGCCGAUAUAUGCAAACGAUCGCCAGCAGAAAAUUAAGCCAGGAGAGAUAGUUCGCUUAGAAAUUCCCAUCUGGCCGAGUGGUAUGGCAUUCGACGCUGGAGAAUCGCUGGCGAUCAAAAUUUCUGGACACUACAUGUCGCCCAUGGAAGUGGACGCAUUGAAUGGCAAGACGAUUACAGAAAACAAAGGACGUCACAACCUUUUCGUUGGAGGAGAGCAUGAGAGUUAUAUCGAAGUACCCCUUACCGCGCCUUUCGGCGUUUGA